CACUUUACACUAUUUCACUACUUGCUUCUAGUUUGGUAAUUUCAGCAGCCUCUUUCUUUAAAACCAGCUUAAACCUCUCCCAAGGGGAGAAAGUGAGAGAAAAAUGCCUCCCUCGUACUGCGUGAAAGAGAGUAAACCCUGUUUGGGUUGGGUUGAGAGAUACUUCGAUGAUUGUCUCUGCAAUAUCAAAGAUGACAUAUCAUUUGGUUUUGGUUUCAUAAGUCUAAUAUGUUGGGGAGUAGCAGAAAUUCCUCAAAUUAUCACCAACUUUCGAGCUAAGUCCAGCCACGGUGUCUCCCUAGCCUUUCUCCUCACUUGGGUCGCAGGUGACAUAUUCAACCUCGUUGGUUGCCUUCUAGAGCCAGCCACGUUGCCGACUCAAUACUACACAGCUCUGCUUUACACAAUCACUACAAUCGUGUUAGUACUGCAAAGUUUCUAUUAUGACUACAUCUCUAAAUGGGGCAAGCAUCACCGGAAGAUCAACAUCGACAAGGUUUAUGAAGAAGAGAAAAAACCUCUGAGACCGCAACCAGGCCUGGAAUCUGCGAUUCCAAUACAAAAUGAGGGACUCAAAUCAACGUCUCGACGAGAGUACUGCUAUAGGUCAGCGAGAUCUUUGGCUGCUAAUGAUACUCCACCAUUUGGUUCCUACUUGAGAGCUGCUAAAAGUGUCCCUUCAGCUGCCGAACUGAGCAAUGAUUCAUCUUCUGACGAUGAGGCACCUCCACGUUCUUCUACUGUAACACAACCUAGACCCAUCCCCCGUUCUGUCCCUGCAAGCUAUGGAACUUUUCUUGCAGCAUCUAUGAACUUGCCACGGCAGAGUAAUGCUUUAAGAUUAUUCAAUGGAAGGAAACUACUCUUGCAGGAGCACGACGUGCACAGUGCUUUGGGUCAAUGGCUAGGAUGGCUCAUGGCUGUUAUCUACAUGGGUGGCCGGCUCCCUCAAAUAUGGUUGAAUAUUAAAAGAGGGAGCGUGGAGGGCUUAAAUCCUCUCAUGUUCAUCUUUGCACUGAUCGCCAAUGCAACUUACGUGGGAAGCAUUCUCGUACGAACUACCGAAUGGGAAAGAAUCAGAGCUAAUAUGCCGUGGCUGUUGGAUGCCAUAGGUUGUGUGGCAUUGGACUUAUUCAUAAUUUUGCAGUACGCCAACUAUAGAUUCCUUCGGAAGAAAGCAGGAAAUGAUGAAGCAGAUUAUGAAGACUACAAAGCAGCCAGCAAAACUUAUGUGUCUUGAUUUGUGGUACUGCAACCGAUACAUGUUAACCUUCCCAAAAUUGAAUCAAUUCAACUAUUAGCAAGGGAACGUAUGGGUAGAGAAUGGACGUGGACUAAAGAGGAAACCCGUCUAUUCGCGUGUUAAAAUUGCUAUAUGAUAUGAUUACCAGCUAGCUUAGCUUCGCUAUCAAAGUUAUAAAGUUUUUGAAUUAUUAUUAACCGUU